AUGAGUGCCGUCUUGCAUACAUCCACUGAAGACUCAUUUGUCCACAUCUUUACGGUGCGCUUUUACGGGGUACCGGUGCACCACAACUCUCCGCGUUCUAUGGAAAUGAUGACUUGGCCACACACAGUUGGCCUCCCCGAGGCAAUCGUCGGCUUGAUUCUGAAGUCGACGACUCUGCAGUGGCUGCCGGGAAAGGCUCUCAGUGAAUUGACCGUCAAUGUCGUCACUGCACAUGCUUCUAUGGUAAAUGUAGAAGCUGCGGCCGAGAAAAGUGUUUUCAAGUCGAAGGUUCACAGCAUUCAUAUCCCCAUUGGUGGCCUCAGUUACUCUCUGUGCACCCGCGCAGCAAUGAUUUUUGAUUAUUACUCUAAGCAAGGCGACAUGGCUACAGCUGGAGCUAUUUGGGUUGGGGUAUCUGUGUUGUUUAUGUUGUCGAUGCGGUAUCCAAUAAAGUAG